UACGAGAACAGACGCAGUUACAUACCUCUACGUGAGACCAGUUGGUUUCUAUGCCUCGGGAGCCUCGACAGUUGUCGUUCAGCAACUCUUGCGCUCGCGUUCGCUUCUCCACGGAGCUGCCACCCCGUCACAGGGUUCACCUGAAAAAUCAGAACUAACACAGAAGAAAUAGCUGACUCGAGUUAAGAUAUCUUCAAGAUGUCGAGCUUGAAGGAGGCUUUGGGAGCCGGUGAACUCACAGAUAAGAAGUCUGGUCUUUAUCGAGCGCUGGUCGCGGAAUUUCUCGGCACGUUGCUUUUGAACUUCUUCGGCUGCGGAUCGGUCGUUACCGGGAACGUCGUUGCCAUAAGCUUGGCGUUCGGUUUGACUGUGGCUGCUGCGAUUCAAGGAAUAGGGCACGUUUCCGGUGGCCACGUCAAUCCCGCUGUCACGUUCGGGUUAAUGGUGAUUGGCAAGGUGCCAAUUAUUAGGGGCCUGUUAUACGUUUUAUUACAAUGCGUGGGUGCGAUAGCGGGCUCUGGUAUAUUGAGGGCCCUUUCUCCAGACAGAAUGGAAACAGCCCUAGGCGUUGUGUCUCUCUCCCCAGGAGUUACACCGGUCCAAGGCUUCGGGAUAGAAUUUUUCCUCGCCUUUGUACUGGUUCUGGUCGUAUGCGGUGCAUGCGACGCAGCUAAACCAGAGAGCAAAGGAAUUGCUCCCCUUAUAAUCGGACUUUCCGUUUCGAUCGGACACAUAGUCGGCGUGCCGAGAACUGGCGCAGGAAUGAAUCCGGCUCGAUCGUUCGGAAGCGCCGUUGUGAUGAGUUCAUUUAAUGAUCACUGGGUGUACUGGGUCGGUCCGAUCCUCGGUGGGAUGGCAGCUGGAUUAAUUUACGCGUUCGUAAUUGGCCCCGCGAAGGAAACAGAAAAUUCCAACAGGGCGUACACUGCUGCCGCGACUGACGAGAAGGAGAAGUUCGAGUACAUAGACAGUGGACGCGGUGGCCUUUGAGAAACGGCGAUACGAAGAAAGAUUCGAAUACGGGAAAUUUACAAUUUUUCUAACAUGAUAAAACGGUGAAGCAAUCGAAAGCAUUAGAAGUGUUAUUUUUCCAGCUACAGAGUCUUACCGCUAAGAAGAAAGGCAACCCCGCUUGAUGUUCUCAAUCGCUGCUAAUCAUCUAAUUUUCAACUGUCGAACUUCAUCCGUAAAACUGUUCAUAACUAUUUUUGUAAAUUCACUAUUUGAAAAAGAGGUUUUAUAAAAGGAGUGUAAGAAGUCAAACAUUUAUUAAAAUGAAAAUUUCAUGACAAACGUUUUGAUACAAAUUUUCUAAUUGCUAAGUUAAAAUAUUGAAAAGAAAGAGAAAUACAUAUUUCUUCGUAAAAAGGGAUGCCGAAUUCGUUUUAAGAACAUUGAAUCACUAAAACGGAACUUUGAUAGAAUUUUGGUAGAAAAUAAGGAAAUGCAUUUAAGCUUAUAUUUAAAAAUCUUUUAAAGAGAAAUUACGCGAAAAGUGGAUUAAAAUCGGCAUCUCUGAAUAGAAACUGUCGUAAACCAAAGAUCGAUUCUGCCGAACUGAAAUUAUGUAGCGUCGACACCAUCUGCCAACUUAAUGCAGCCUAUUCAUACAGUUGCACUUGUAUUUGCAAUUGAUAAGUUAUUAGAACUACAUUAUAUGAUAAACAAAAAAAGCAAUUCACGCAUUACUUAGCUUUCAGUAUAGAGAAUCAUAUUUAACGUCAAUAUAAAUUAUUCCACGUA